AUGGCAAGUCGACCAGUGCUAAAGGAGGCGAGCAGUCAGCCACACUUUUUGCAGUUCAACAAUCUCGCAUGUGAAACAGCUGGAGGGAAGGUAAUUUUUGCCACAGAUGAGUGGUUUGCCCCUGCUAGAAAUCUUUUGAAGAGAGACCCUCCAGAAUUCAUAGCUACAUCAUUUACUGAAUUUGGGAAAUGGAUGGAUGGCUGGGAAACCAGGAGGAAGAGAAUUCCAGGUCAUGACUGGUGCAUCGUGCAGUUAGGAGUUCCAGGAAUUAUUCAUGGCUUUGAUGUUGACACGUCCUUCUUCACUGGAAACUAUGCCCCGUACGUCUCCAUUCAAGCUGCGUGUCUUGAUCAUACACCGUGUUUUACUCUGGAUGGAGAUCGUACAGGAAUGGCUGCUUCCCCAAGCCAGUUUGAAGCGGUUGCACAGCUCAACUCGGACGGAUGGGAGGAGCUUGUCCCAGUGACAGCGCUGAAGCCGGGGUACUCUGAUUCAUGCCACAACUACUUCAGCGUCACGUUCCCACAAAGAGUCACCCAUAUCCGCCUUAAUAUAUAUCCAGAUGGUGGAAUUGCAAGGCUGAAAGUUUAUGGCAUUGGAAACAAGCACUGGUCAACUGUGCCUGGUAAAGACCAAGUGGAUUUGGUUGCCCUGGUCAAUGGAGGAGUAUGUGUAGGCUACAGCGAGGCCCACUACGGUCACCCACGCAAUAUGAUUGGUCUGGGGAGGGCUGACAACAUGGGUGAUGGGUGGGAGACAGCCAGACGUCUGGAUCGGCCCAAAAUUUUAAAAGUGGAUGAGAAAGGCAUAUUACAGGUGCCAGGCUGUGAGUGGGCUAUUUUCAGGCUAGGACAUCCUGGAGUGAUAAGCAGAAUCGAGCUAGACACCAACCAUUUUAAAGGAAACUUCCCAGACUCUUACAAAAUUGAGGCCUGCAAUUUUACUCGAGAUGAGGAGAGGACAUUUCUUCAUAACCAGUGGAGCUGUGACAAAAGCCCCAAUUGGAGAAUUCUUCUUCCUCCUCAAAAACUGAAGCCACACCACAGGCAUUUCUUUUCUGGGGAGUCUGUGAUGCGAUGUGGGCCUGUGACUCAUGUACGCCUGGUCAUAGCUCCUGAUGGAGGGAUCAGCCGUCUCAGACUCUGGGGUCAGCCGGUGUCUAACAAUCUGACCCGUCCACAACAAACAUCCAAACUGUAA